AUGUCGACCAAGUAUAACGUAUACAGCUUUGAGCUUUGCAAACGCAGAGGGAUCAAGGAUGGGCCGCAUCCAAUCAUUACCGACUUCCAGCUGUUAAAGUUCAUGGCAGUAAAGAGAAAUAAUGCAGCACGAAGUAAAGAGAAAAGGCAAAAAACUCAAGCGGCUCCUUCGAAACGUCUAAGUGAAGAGGAUAUUCAGCAACACGCCGUACCUCAUCAAAUAUAUACCUACGACCAGUUACUGCAGAACUAUCGAAACUUCUUCCUAACUGGACCACUGAUGAGGUGCUUAGAUGGCGAUAAUAACAUUGACGAAAAACUGGGAAACGAACUUCUUAUGAGAUUGCAGGAAGAAGUACUAAGAAGAGCACCAAGUAAACGUCCCCGACCUGGUAUACAAACGACUUUUGAUACCUAUCGCAAAGAACUUCAAAUCAGAGCAUUUUGGGACAACGUUAGACUGGAGCUUCAAACUAAUGAAGAAGACGACGAUAUUAACGAGAGCAAAUCAAAGGCAGUUUUCAAAGAUUCCAUAAACAAAGAAUUGGUGGAUCAUGUGAAAUCAAAAGCCCGAGGACUUCGUUCUUUGAAAUUAGUUACGCACAUAUAUGGACGACGUGACGAUGCGAGAUUUAGUGCAUGGCAAGGAGCAAACAAAUUAGCGGUACGACCCCAGAAAUUUUAG